UUUGUCUCCUUUCUUAAAUUACUUCUAGUAGACGACGUAGGUAUAUCAGAUUAAUAAGAUCGCAGGUUGCGUCGUGUAAGAAAUCGAUUUUUUAAUUUCAUAAGUAAAUAUUUGUGUUCAGUUGAUAUAAACAGCCUAAGUGAAUAUCGUGAGAAAGGUUAAAAUAUUUUAUGACAGCUAUGUUUUUCAACUGAAAAUCUCGAUUGUUUCCUGUUUGAGCCCCUUCUAAUUAUAACAAAAUAUAAUAUGAUACAUUACAACCCUUCGAACAUGGAAUCUUUACCAAAACAAUUUGUCUCUGCAAUGAGAACGCUGUUUGAUAUCAUGGAUGAUAAGCACACUGGGUAUGUAAAAUUAACGGAUAUCGAAAACCGAUGGCGCGAUGACCGCACGAAAGGGCUUCCCCGCGGUGUUAUAGAAAGCCUACAAAAAGUUGCUUCCCAUGAUGGACUUCUAACAUUUGAAAGCUUUUGCACUGGUCUCAAAAUUUGUCUCUUGCGAAAUCAAGUGCAAAACGCGUCAAAUAAAAUUAACGCAAUUAAUGAAGAUAUUGACAAUAAAGGGUUGCACUCUCAAAUGAGUAGUGCUCAACUGCACCGUCCUCCUUCUGCUCCGUUAAUGGAUAUAGAUAACGCUCAUAAUAGAGACAGGAGUUGGAACUUGAUGCGAGCAUCGGGGAAUUCGACACAACAUCGAACAACCAGUAUGCCUCAAUUGAUUGAAAACAAGGACGCUCCACUACCAGAAUUACUUUCCAACGGUAAAACAUCGUCUAAAAACGAUACCUCUCAAUCGCAUAGAGUUUUCGGACCGCCAAAACCGCCACGGUUAGAAAAAAACGGCAUGGAAAGGAAAGAAAAUUCUAGAAAAUUCCAAUCUGAGGACACAUUAGGGAAUGAUGAUUUAGGUGACAAUAAGUUAGAUUUUGAAGAAAUAACGCGCUCUAUAGAAGGACAAGACCGUGGUCUUGGCGAUGGUAGAUCAGCAAAUGGGACACAACCGAAUCUUAGAAAAACACCUCGUCGAAGAGAACCCCGACGGCAUACACUGCAUAAUGGUGUUGAUUAUAAUCUGCUAAAAAAAAUGAAACAGAUCGAGCAGGAAAAAGACGUACUGUUGCAAGGGUUAACAGCUGUAGAGGAGGCUCGAGAGUGGUAUUUAAAGCAGUUAACUGAAGUUCAAGAUAAGAUGCGCUAUGCAGGAAGGAUGGGUGCUUAUGUGGAACCUUGGAAUGAAGCACAUCAAGAACGCUUGGAGCUGCUACGGGCGCGUGUUUUGGAAUUGAAUCGACAGCUUGGAGCCCUGGCCGCUGGGUGGCGUCAUGGGCAACUCUCCCUGCACAUGAACCUUGCUUUACCGGCGACUACGCCAACCACGCCUAACAAUGCUACUGUGCUGAGGUCACAGAACCGAAUGCUUGCUGAGGAAGUUAACCGCAAGAAUGAACGGAUAUCAAUCCUAGAGAGAGAAAAGUCAGCUCUUAUAAGAGAAUUACUCUUACAAAGAAAUAGAACAAAAAUGAUAGAUAACUUUACAUGAAUGUAAUGUGAGAGCAUUUUCACUAUAAGCAUCACUUGUCAGCAUUUUUAACAUGGAUUAACUACCAUUAAAUAUUAUGCAACACAGCAGCAAAUUUAACAAGCAACAAGUUCUGUCAUAGUAUUUACACUCUUUUGUAAUUAGAAUAAGGACAGAAAAAAUCUCAAGCCUGCUCUUGCUGUCAUUGCUGUCCUAAGCUUUAAUGAAGUGUAUUCACAUUAAUAAUGGAGCUGUGAUAGACUAGCCACCUAGGGGUGAGGACUUUCAGGGGGCCGAGUUCUAACUUCAAUAAACACCUCUAACUUGUCUACGUUAUGUGCAUUUUAAGCAAUUAAAAUAUCACUUUUUUCAAUUUCAAGGAAAACUUGCAUGUCUCAGAGUUCUCCGUAAUGUGGUGGACUAAAGCCCCAAACCCUUCUCAUUGUGGAUCAGAUAAUAGGCCAGUAAUGGGUUUUUUUCAUUUAGUUAUUUUUUUAAAUUGUCUGUAUAUCAAUUAAAUGCAUUUUAGUAAUUGCCAAUGCAUUUAUUGGGUUUAAAGUCAUUGCUUCCAACUAAUUUCACUCAUUUAAAGGUAAGCAUUUCUUAUAAUCCUGAUAUUUUAUUUACUUAAGUUUCAAGCAUUACCCAAACAGAAAUGGUUUGGAGUUACACUCAGCAUCUGGUUGCCAAUAUUAAAUAAGCAGAGAAUGUCAAACAUUUAGGCAGAGUAUAAUCUAUCUAAACCUAUUUUCAUAGUGACACAAAGUUAUCUGAAUCAAUGCUUCAAUAUCAUCCAAGAAUCCCUGAUCAUGAUGAUACCACAAUCACACUAAUGUGUACCAAGAAUUCUGUGAGGAGCAGACUGCCACACCUAUCUCUAUUUUUGAAAUGCUUAAAACCUAAUUAAUACCAAUGCCACAUAGUUUAAUAUUUAAAAUUUAA